AUGCCUAGUGACAAGACAAUUGGCGGUGGUGACGAUUCCUUCCAAACAUUCUUCAAUGAAACAGGAGCUGGAAAACUCGUUCCCCGGGCGGUCCUUGUUGAUUUGGAGCCAACUGUUGUCGGUAGGCUUCUUUGCGUAAAUUAUUUUGACUGAGGUUUAUUUUUACCAGAAAACAUUCAAACUCGUUAUCCUUAGACAUGUCGUAGCCCCAAACAACGGUUCCUCAAAAUGAGCUUGUUCGACACUUCAGUUAUUUAGUUUAACCAGUUUAAUUUGUUUCACGAACAUGCAUGCCAAGCAAGCACGUCGUCCUAUCGAUAAAAAUCGAUAGCAUAUCAGCGUACGCUUACUCGUGGGAAACUUGCUGCUACGACUGCAGCCAACCAAUCAGAAGCCAGUUGCGAGCGGGACACGAGCAGCGAGUUUCGAUUCGCAAGUGAUUGCUAUUAGGGUGACCUGUCUCCUAGCAUCCAGCAACGAAGACGAGUGAUUAAAUAAAUGCCUGUCAGUAUAAAAAUGCAUUCGAUAAGGUAUUUUUAUUAGGAUAACUCUUGUACUCCGGUUCUCUUUUCGUAAGACGAAGUUCGGACGGGUACUUACCGGCAACUAUUUCACCCGGAACAACUCAUCAGUGGAAAGGAGGACGCCGCCAACAACUAUGCACGCGGCCAUUAUACCAUCGGCAAGGAAAUGAUCGAUCUGGUUUUGGAUCGCAUUCGAAAGCUCGCCGAUCAGUGUACCGGUAUGCAGGGUUUCGUCAUUUUCCACUCUUUUGGCGGAGGCACUGGAUCAGGUUUCGCAUCACUGCUCAUGGAGCGGCUUAGCGUAGACUACGCCAAGAAGUCCAAACUGGAGUUUGCAAUCUACCCGGCCCCGCAGAUCUCGACUGCGGUUGUGGAACCCUACAACGCCAUUCUCUGUACACACUCCACCCUGGAACAUUCGGAUUGCGCCUUCAUGAUUGACAACGAGGCGAUCUACGACGUGUGUCGGUGAGCUAUUUUUCGAUUAGCAUCAACUUCCUUCAUUAUGAUUUCAAUCCCGCUAUAAGUUGUGUGUACUGCACGACGAUCACAAAAGGUGGGCAGAUUUAAAGCGAAUAAGUUGAGCGAGACCACUUUUCCGCCAAAGUGGUCGGAGCCCGAAUGCCGAAGGUCAAGGAUCCACCUGAACUCUAUAUUUAUGGUGGCGUCCUCCGAUAAGAAUUACAUUUCGUUGUUUGGUUUUCAUAAAGCUGUUUUGGGAAAUUUGCUUCUGCAGCUCCACUGUUAGCUAACUAAAACAAUUUUAGUAGAUGUGACUAUGCUGACUUAACAUAUAUCAAGUGCUUGCGCCUUCCUUACUUUUUUUAAUUCAGCGACUGACUGUGUCUCAGGAGAGGAGUGCUUAUACACCAGCGCUUCCCUGCGCAUGCCUCGAGCCAUGCCUGAGCCAGCGAGUUGUCAAGUAGACUUCCUAAUGGAAUUGUUUCGACGGUCUGGAAAUCCAUCGGUCCCACUACAGUGGCCAUGAACUGUAAAUUGCCACGAGGUUUCCUCCGUGGCCUUCCCGUUGUGAUUACGCCCCCCGUAUCCUUAUAAUCCAGUGAGUGACUCCAUCGGGGGGAAAGUGUGUACACACCAAAUUUGGUUACACCCAGCAUCAGUUAACGCGUGUGCUUCAUUGCCUGUGCUCCGCGCUCUGCUUGCGCUCUCUCCCCUUCCCUAGUCCAGCGAGUGGCUAAGAUUGGUAUUUUAACCAACAUGAGCCUAUAUUUUGGCGCCGUUACGAGAUGACACGUUUGCAGCACAACGGAGGAACGAGCCUGUAAAUUCCGUUAUCUCCGAAACCAGUUUGUGCAAAAUGGCUAUCCGAAGGCAUUCAUAAGUCGCUGCCUAAGCGGUCGCCCCAGAGGACCCAUACAUCAAGGACGUUUCAGAAACAAAAGAACGCAUUGCUUCGGAGCUAGGUAGCCUCAAAGCUACCAUGCGCAGUAGGGCCAUGACAAUUCAAGACCGGUUAAAGCAUGAGGAGCAAUCUGGAGUAGUGUAUCACGUCCCGUACCAAAACUGUCCUCCUAACUGUACAGGCCAGACUUGCGCCCUCUUUAUUAUCUCGGUCCAGCGAGUGGCUAAGUAGGCCUGCUAAUGUCAUUAUUCGGAUGGUGCCGAACUCCGUCGGUUUCACUAUAGUAAUCACGUACUGUGAAUUAGUGCGAAGUUCCCUCUGUGGCUUUCAGUUGUGAUGUCCCCUUCCUAUCUUCUUAGUCCAGCUAGUGGCUGUCGCGGGGGGAGUGUGUAGGUGCCCCAUUCGGUUGCAUCAAGCAUCGGUUCACACGCGCUUCCCUGCGUGUGCUUCGAACACUGCUUGGGCUCUCUUCCCCUUUCUAAUCUAGGAUUGGUAUGCUAACUGAAGUUGUUUUAGUAAGCUGGCCAUAUGGCAACAAUCAUGUGGAUUGGAGGACCUAACCUUUCAUGUCACCGUGUAAUGCUUGAUUUAAAUGUUCCUUACAGGCGAAAUUUGGAUGUCGAGAGACCUACAUACACCAAUCUCAACCGAUUGAUUGCCCAGGUUGUCAGUUCAAUUACGGCUUCUCUGAGGUUCGAUGGCGCCUUAAAUGUUGACCUCACAGAAUUUCAAACGAAUCUCGUGCCCUAUCCCCGGAUUCACUUUCCCUUGGCCACUUACGCGCCAGUGGUCUCCGCCGAGAAAGCCUACCACGAGCAACUGGCUGUUGCUGAACUCACAAACGCCUGCUUCGAGCCAGCCAAUCAGCUGGUGAAGUGUGAUCCGCGGCAUGGCAAAUACAUGGCCUGUUGUCUGCUAUAUCGGGGUGACGUGUCGCCGAACGAGGUGAACGCGUCAAUUGCCUCAAUCAAAUCCAAGAGGACCAUCCAGUUCGUUGACUGGUGUCCAACCGGCUUUAAGGUCGGUAUUAAUUAUCAACCGCCCACCGUGGUGCCAGGUGGCGACUUAGCCAAGGUCCAGCGUGCCCUCUGUAUGAUGAGUAAUACAACAGUGAUUGCAGAAGCGUGGGCCCGACUGGACCAUAAAUUUGACUUAAUGUAUGCGAAGCGCUGCUUCGUACACUGGUAUGUGGGCGAAGGCAUGGAAGAGGGUGAGUUCUCCGAGUCGCGUGAAGAUACAGCUGCACUGGAGAAGGACUACGAAGAAGUCGGUGCCGACACUGUGGAGGGUGAAGGUGAGGAAGAAGGAGAGGAGUACUGA